GGACGAGGCGGCUACGACGAACGGCGUCUCGACGUUGUUGGCAGGCGCGCCUGCACACACACGCACGCAUACACAAACACACACACACACACACACACACUCUCGAUCGUCACUAGAGAAUCGGAGGAGAGCGACGGCGGCUCCAGUCGACACGCGGCGUCGCGACGCAAACCAACCCGCGUGUAUCGUGCUAAAGAUAUCUUCACGUGCUUGGAGCUUAGUUAAAUUGUUGAUUUUUUUCAACAAAAUCACUUUGACGAGUCUCGAUUGUCGAACAAGGAAUGCGCGGCAGCUGAAGGAAUUAAAUAUAGCGGCAAUGCGAUCUUUGAAUCGACAAUUUUUUCUCAUCGGGAAGUGAGCGGAUAUAACAAAGUUGAACAUAAAUGAAGGAGGAGUCAAGUGGAAUAAUAAGAGAGAAUUUACAAGAGAUUCGAGGGAUCUACCAUAUUUCUUUUUAUCGAGUCAUCAUUUCCUCUUUUAUAAUUUUACAACGGAUCAAUCACCUUGAUCAAAUCGAAAUGCUUCAGCAGCGAAUCUCGAGAGUUUCUCGGACAAAAUAAAAAGAGCUGUCAAAGCUGAAAUUUAUGACGGUGCCGCAGAAAAUUGUUUCUCUCACAAACUGAUAAUGAGAUUUGCAGAAUGCAGUCAAAGAUCGACGAUUAUGAUCAUUACAUUUUGGUUGAAGCAUUUCGUGUCGUCAUCCCGAUGAUGAAACAAUAGAAUCGUCAUGAUCGAUGCUUAUGAGGAAUGCUUCGUUCAUCACUCGAAACCAGCUAAUCACGUUAAGGACGAGCAAUUUAAUUUAUUCAGACAAUCGUUCAUACGUAUUGAGCGGCGAUUUGGAUCGUGACGUUAUACGAAGAAGGGAAUGCAUACGCCGCCGCGCCGCGGCGAAGAAAGGUUGAACCGAGAAUAAGUGCGAAUGUUGCUAUUGCUAUAUGAGAGCGACGAUGUCAACGUUCGCUACGGACACUGCACCGCUACCGUCCACCACCUUUGCCGGGGAAUUAACGACCACCCUCGUACCUACCGUCACCAGGAUUGAUCCACGACACGACAUCAGUUCCGUUUCGGUGAUUCUAGCGGUUUCCAUAGUAUGCAUUCUCUCACCCAUCACUGUUACCGGUAAUUCCAUCAUCCUAGCCGCCUUUUAUAGAUACAAAAGACUUAGGACCGCUUCCAAUUGCCUUUUGGUCUCGUUGGCCAUUAGCGAUUUUGGGAUCGGCGUGUUUAUGCCAGUCGGGAUGCAACUGGAGCUUUCUGGUCUAUCGGAAAAUGGCAUUUCCGCUCUGUGCAUCGUGCCGUAUUGCAUUGUGAUAGCACUCUGCAGCGCGAGCGUCCUGGUCACCGUAGCCAUCGCCGUGGACCGUUUAACUUCGUUGGCACAACCAUUGCGAUACAAGAAUAUCAUCACUCAUAGCAGCGUAGAAAAGUACAUUGCUCUCUUUUGGAUAUACGCGAUCAUCGUUGGCUUGUCGCCCCUCAUCUAUGUCCAAAUUACCGGAGGAAUGCAAUCGCACAGCGGAAGCUGCAGGUUCAAUACGGCUGUGUUACCACCGGUCAGAGUGUUUCUGGUCGUGGCAGUUUGGGCACCGAGCGCCCUAGUUCUACUCGGUUGCUACAUAUAUGUCUAUCUUGUCGCGCGUGCACAUGCACGUGCGAUUUACACGGUGGAAUUAUCAUUCAGACAUCAAACGCAGACGUUGGCAUUGCCUCGUUACGGACAGACCCUGGCAGUUACGGUCGGUGCAUUUCUUAUCCUGUGGCUUCCGUUUCAAACUUGCAUGCUGGUGGACAUCCUCUGUGGGACCAACAUCCUAUCGGAAUGGACGGUGGUGUGGCUGGGUUUACCAAUUUUGGCGCACAGUGGCGCGAAUCCUUGGAUCUAUGCUUUUCACCACGGUGAGAUGCGCAUCGCCGCCGGAAAAAUAGCCAAAGAUCUGAUCGCUCUGUUCGGCGUGAUGCCGGAUCGUUACGGUUGCUCGCCGACGAGAUGCGGUACCAACACGAACCUCGAACUGGCCGAAGUGAAUAACGAAGAGAGCAACGAGAGCAGACGGCAUCCGCCUGCGGUAGAGGAUUGCUUCGCCGCUGCCAAGCAUCACAACGUUCUGUACAGCGGAAGAUGUCUGGAGGUAGACACAUCCGGAGGUAGGCAUAGCGAUAUCUCGCUCGAGAAGCACGACAUUAAGCAUGUCGCGUCCUUCUCCUGCAACGGUCGAUCGGGCGAAGACAUGAUCGAGGAGAACAUUCACGAUUUGACGAAGAUGCUCGAUCCGAGGUACAUUGUCGAUCGAAGCAACCUGAUUGAUUCCAAUCACAAUAUCGACAAGAUAAAAAAUCUCAAGUAUCUGCUGGAUCCAACCUUCAACAAGAUCAGGCAUCUUCGACGGUUAAAUCACAGGCGAAUGAAUGGAAAGAGCUUGCCGUUAAUCUCCGAGCCGAAAUUCAUAUCUUAUCAGAAUUUGAAAAGCGCGGACGGCGCGGACGGCGCGGCUGGGCACGACCGCGGCGAUCGCAGGUUUCUUCAGCUGAACGCACUAUCGGAUCCGACGCUAAACGUCGAUGCUUCCGUAAUAAACACCAAAGACUCGAAUCGAGUGACACGCCGCGCAAAUAACAUUGCCUAUCAAAAGCGGAAUCCAAAUUUAUCGUUGGCUAUGUCAGAUUCGAAUUUAAGAGCUGUAACAUUGCACGCUUCCGGUGAGGCUUCCGGGCCGAGCACGAGACUCUUUCCAACGAGUGACAACAGUGAUUACUCCAUGCAAAAUCGUGGAUACGAGGACGCAUUAGCGAGGCACGCGAUGAUGCUUCGCCGGCAGAUGGAAGAGCAACAAAGAUCCAGCGACUCUUCCCGCAUUUCUUCCCGUCCACGACCAUUUCCCUGCAAAUUUCGCGGACAUUUUGGACGCGCGAGCCCGAAUCUGAAGCACAGGUUGCGAAACGGCCGCUUCUCGUCGUCCUCCUUCUCCUCCUCGGCGACGUCCAAUAACAUUGAUGCGAGCUCCGAGGUGAAUACACCGAAGCGAAGCGUGUCACCGGGCGUAACUGUCCCGCGCCUAACCAUCACAUCGAACAAAUUGGCCAAUCUCAUUGACUUGGAUUCACCGUUGAAAAACGCGCCUAUGCAUAGGAGAGAUCUUACUGCCGGAACCAAGACGCAAGCUCAUAAGAAUUUGGAGGUGUUGAAGCACUCCGAGUCGAUCAACAUCGCGAUCAGCGAUCCGCUGACGCACCAUCAUCGUCUACCUCUACCGGAGCCUUCCAAUCUGAUGGACUCGUUGACCGUCCCAACGAUACACUCGGAACCGCCGAGUCCUAUAGACCCUCUCCCCUCGGCGAUCACGAGACCCACCGCCCGCGUCGUGGACGUCGUUGACGCUAAAUCGUCUUUCGGGAAAGGAAUAAGCAGUCCCGGGAGUCGACGUUCCGACCACCUUUCUACUACUACUAUUACUACUACUACUACUACUACUACGGUACCAACCGUCUUGCUAAACAUCGAAGACCUGAACGAACCACCGUUGUCCGACGAUCGUCAGAUUCGGAGCGACCUACCAUCCGGUAAUACAUCGACGUUACAGCCAAUCGAUCUUUUCGAGGCGUUACUAAGAAAUUCGGACAAAAGUAGAGACGCGAGAUUACCGGAGCCCAUCUUUGCCGAGCACGACUCCACUAGGUUCAGUUCGAGACGGCCGUCCGAUUCCAAGUGGUCCGAAUCCUCCAGGAGUCAGGAGAUCUUAUCGAGCGCGAUGGAGCAUGAAACCGCGUUUCCGUCGUCCUAUUCGGUCAACGACUUUCAAACUUGUAACAGCGGCAGCGAUCUCAACGAUCUCACGUCCCUGGACCCGUUCAUGUGUCCUGACGCCCUAACGUCAUCUCUGCGCGAGUCCUUCUUCAGCGCGCCGUCCAUGCCUGACUCUGACAUAUUCACGUCCUUCGAGGAGAGCGACGAACCUCUCGCGCCCGCGCCGCCGCCUCCGCUCUUUACGCCUGGUUCCGAGCAAUGGAAUACGGCGGCGUAUAAUUCAAUGUCGACGGUGAACCUCGGGAGGUGUGCUGUCAUCGAGGCGGCGGCUUUUCAAAGCAGAUCUACAGAGUCGGUGCACCGCGUCAAGUAUCCUUCGACACGAUCUUGCGCGAUUCUCAGAUUAGAACCAGCGGUACAUUCGUUGAAUAGGUUGCGCGUUAGACCUCGUGGAGAUUACAUCCUGAAGGAGUCGUUCGGACCGGUCAAGAGAAACCCGCGACUAGCGCCUCUUGCCAUUCCCACACCCACCGACAUCUGCACUCCCACGUUCGACAUCGUAACGGAGAUGAAGAGCGAUAGCGGUGUCGGCGUUAGAGUUUGAAUCAUUCGCGCGCAUCUCCCGCGAAAUGAGUUUGCAAAUUUCUUCUGUCUACCCAAGCAGAUCUAUAAGUCAAAGUGACAUCAAAGUGAAUCGUAAUUGAUCGAAAAGUGAUUUUUAAUGAUCAUUUUGCAGUCAUUUUGACAUCAUUUUGAUGUCGUGAUGAUUCCCUGUUCUGCUUGGGUACUCUGUAGGUAUUUGCACAAAAAACAUACAAUUUAUCAAUCGCAAUUAAAUUAUUUAUUCUUGAUAGAAAUUAUGUAAAGCUGUGAAUUUGAAAGCCUUAUAAAAAAGAAAAAAAGGCAUCCUCUGUGUGUGCGUGCGUGUGUGUGUGUGUGGGUGUGUGUGUGUGUGUGGGGGAGAAGGAGUACGUAAAAACUACGAUACACAUACGAUAUGCAGGGCGUUUUCAUACGCCAAAUCAUAUUGCGAUAUAUGAGAGUCAGCAAAUCAUUCGAAAUACUAUUGUUACGUUGUAAAUCGUGUGUGGUGGUUUUAAUAAUUUCCUUCACUGAAAAAGAAAUGUGUCGUCAUUUGAUGAUGCAACCAAGUUGCUCAUGUACAUACCAUGGACCAUUAUAUUUUUUUACCGAGAGCAACGUUCGUUUUCAAUUAUUUAAUAUUAUGGCUGUUUAUUUACCAUUCUUUUAUUUACACUUUUUCUAUCUUCCUCAACAUUUUCAUACUUCAAUUUUUUACACACAUCAAAUAGUUAACAUCUUCAUUUGUGAAAUUAUUUGCAGUUCCCUCUCCUUCAGAACUUGAAAGUUUGAAGUUGUUAAUUAAAAGCAGUUUUGAUAAGUUUUGGUAACGUGUUAUCAGAUAGGCAUAGCGCUGUGCAUUAUAAAAAUAUCCUAUUACGUUGCCUAAAAUUACGAGAGAAUAUUUAAAUAUAUUGGUACUUGUGUACCAAUAUAUUUACAAUUUAAUUGUACAAGGUCUUUUUAAAUUACACUUUGAUAGGAAAAGGUAAAGUUUUAUGUCUUUUAUAUAUUUUAGUUUUUCAUUUUUCGAUUUUUUCAACGACUGUACAUUUCAAGUUAAUAAACAAUUUGACAUUAAAGAAGCGACGCCGUAUUUAUCAAAAUGUUGUUUUCUAAAUUAAUGAUAUUUAAUAAUUUUAAGUAUUGAUUCGUUUAGUCGUCACCCGCUCAAAAUGUUACCCCUAAAUAAUGUCAGCUGCCUCAAAUGCAAAACGAUAUUCAUCAUAUAGAAAGAAGAGAUUGUUCUGACCAGUUGUGUGUUAUCUGUUACGUAUUUUAUACAUACCUACAUGUAAAUACAUACAAGCAUGCAAUUGAGUCUAUAUUUUAUAAUCUAUAAAUCGAUUCGGGAAUCGAACGAUUAUUUAAAAGUUUCAUAAAUCGUGUGCCAAGCAAAUAUUCCAAAUUAAAUUUCAAAUUAUGUGUGUGUGCGUGUGUGUGUGUGUGUGUGUGUGUGUGUGUGUGUGUGUGUGUGUAUACACAUACAAGUCAUCAAAUUACCCUCGUAACAUAUUAUUGUUUGUAUACUUGAUGAAAGUUUAUGUACUUGUUGAUUGCAAAGGGGGAGAGAGGGAGAAAAGAGAUAUCAUAGAUUUCCAAAAUAUUUAUUGGAAUAUUUUUUAAAAUGCAGAACUCACUAAAAUCUAAUAUAAUACUUUUUUAGUAGUUAAUGAAAUUUUGUAUUGUUACUUGCCUUAUUUUUGCGCGAUUCAUUUUUAUUAAAGUUCUUACAGAAAUAGUUUGUUACAAUAUUUUUCUAUUGGGAUUUUAACUCGUGUUCAAUAUAGCCGCCUCAAUAAGGUUUUUUCACGUUUAUGUUUACUCAAAUAUGACAGUGUAGUGUGAACACAGAAAUAACCUUAUUGUAGCGGCCAUAGUUAAAAUCCUGAUUGUUAAAGAGAACAAUAUAAAAAUUUAAUUUGUUUAUGCUAGAAUUAGCAUUAUUUUUCUUAAACUGUGCAAAAUUAUUUUUUUAUCAGUAAAAUAGCAUGUUCCGAAAUCACACUACAUGAAUUAAAUAUGAACGAUAAAAUAAAAAUUAAGAUUAUCCAAGAUGAAGACGUAAAUAGAUGAUAGAUAUAGACAGAGAGAUAUCAAUGAUAAAUAUAUAUGUACAAACACACGUACACGUACACAAUUAUUUCUAUUUCAGAGAAAAAGGACCAAAAUAAAGCAAAAGCACAAAUAAAAGAAUAGAGUUACAUUACAUAAUCAUUCUACAAAUAUGAUAAUUGAAGCCGUAUUUUCUUUAUGGCAUUUCAUUACAUAUCCGCUAUGCAUAGUUGUAUAUCCAUUUUCUCGCAAUCAUUUUUUAAAGAUCUUUAAUUUUAUCUAUCAUAUCACCAUAAAAAUUAUUCUGCUAAUACAAAUGAAAUAAUGUAAAGGACACAAAAUAAAAAUAAUUGCACUUCUUACAACUAAAUGCCAAUUAAAUAUUGAGAUACUUUUAUACGUAAAAGAUAAGCGAAAGAGGUUUGCGUGUAAAUGUGUUAUUUUUAUCGUACAUCUUGGCAAACAUUUUUUGCAAAAAAACAGAGUAUGUGCGUUGUGUAUACAAGUUUUCUAUACUCGAUGCGUGCAUACUUGUAAUAAUGGUCCCUGCACUUAUCAUUAACAGCCAAACAUUGAAAACAUGGAUCGAAGAAUAUUUUAUAGUAUAUCCACAUGUAUAUUAAACGCGAGCGAGUCUAUGCUAAAAAAUCCGCUAAAAGCAAGGAUAUUUAUUUCUUUUCGCGUUCGAGUUGACUGAUCUUGCGCAAUUGGUCUUCCAUAUCUCAUACAAAACAUAAAUGGAUAAUCUAUACCAAUAAGAUGCCAGGCUUACCGAUCUUUUUUCUUCUGUUGUUUUACUUUAAAAAAUGGUAAUGGGAAGAGAGAGAAAGAGAGAUAUAUGAUAAAUAAAUGUUUCUUUAAUUAAUGUUUUUCGAAAAUAAUACUUAACAUAAUAUUAUAAUUUUAAAAAAGAUACACUCUCUAUCUUUCUCUAGCAAAUUUGAAAAAUAUUGCAAAAUUUUUAAACAUUUUUGAAAAUGUUUAUCUUCAAAUACAUUUCAUAGCACUUGAUCAUAUUAUGUUAUAGCAAGGCAAGAAGAUUAUAUAUUUAAUAUAACGCUAAAAUUUUCGUAAACUUUUUUACGGGACAUUGUUGUAAUAUUAUCUAUAGAUGUUUUACAAGUAAAACUCGAUUAUUCACAAAAAUAACAAAUAUUGAUAUAUUUUUAUGAAAUAUCUUUACUAUGUAUGCAUCUAUGUGUUUGUGCGCGCGCGGAUAUGUUGUUUAUACGUAUGUAUCAAGUGUGAAAGUAAAGUCUCGACGAGUAACAACCGUUUGAUCACGUUGUAAUUCAUCAACAACCACUCAUAGCAUUUGAACAGGGCUGUGUUCAGAAAUAUUGCUCGAAUGCAACCAGGUAUCAUUUUAUCUUUGUUCAACAUUCGGUAAACAAAAAGGAUAAAAUGAUAUUUAUUCUGUUUCUAAGCGCAGCUCACUAGAAAAACUCUAUAUAGGUACUGCGGUCACUACGAGUAGCCGCGUGGUCAAACGGAAGGAAUUUUCCAUCUUUGAUUCGCUACACGAUUCUAGUUGAAAGAAAGUUGAAAAGUGUUCCUUCUUUCUACACUAUAAGCGUGAUUUUAAAACAAAAAUGCAAUUUUUUCAUUAAUAAGUAAAAAUAUAAAACACCAAGAAAGUAUUGAUUCAGAAAAAGAUAAAUUGAACUUUACUAUCUUAAAGACAGAAUCAUCUAUUAAAUAUAUAUAUAUAUAUAUAUGUAUGAUUUUUUUUCUUAUAUUCGCCUAAGAUGAGAGAGAGAGAGAGAGAGAGAGAGAGAGAGAGAGAGAGAACGAGAAAGAACACACUAAGUUGGAUAAAAUAAAAAAUACAUAUGUAUUAAUCAAUUGUUAUGUAAAAUGUAAAGAGAUGUAAAUCGAAAAUAGAUGUGAUAUUGAAAAUUUA